CUCCUCCCUCGUCCUCCUCCCUGGCCCCGUGGCGCCGCGGCGCAGGCGGGUACCAGCUGUACUCCCGCUGUCCGCGCCGGGCCUCUCGCAGCCCCAGGGGCCGCGCCCCCAGCGGCAAACCCGACCCGAACCAUGCUGCUCUUGGCGGCCGCCUUCGUCGUGGCCAUCGUCCUUCUCCUCUACAUGGUGUCGCCGCUCAUCAGCCCCAAGCCCCUCAAGCUGCCCGGCGCACACGUCGUGGUAACUGGAGGCUCCAGUGGAAUUGGAAAGUGUAUUGCUAUUGAAUGUUACAAGCAAGGUGCUUUCAUAACACUGAUUGCAAGAGAUGAGAACAAGCUGUUACAGACAAAGAAGGAGAUAGAAAAGUACUCUGUUAAUGACAAGCAGGUUGUACUCUGUAUUUCUGUUGAUGUAUCUAAAGACUAUGAACAGGUGGAGAAUGUUCUAAAACAGGCUCAGGAGAAGUUGGGGCCAGUUGACCUGCUUGUAAACUGUGCAGGAACAUCAGUUACUGGAAAAUUUGAGGAUAUUGAAGUGAAUUCUUUUGAAAGAUUAAUGGCAGUCAAUUAUCUAGGUAGUGUUUACCCAAGUCGUGCUGUGAUCUCUACCAUGAAAGAGCGGCGGAUGGGAAGGAUUGUGUUUGUAUCAUCUCAGGCUGGGCAGUUAGGCCUUUUUGGUUAUACAGCCUAUUCUCCAACAAAGUUUGCUCUUCGAGGAUUGGCUGAAGCCCUGCAAAUGGAGGUCAAACCUUAUAAUAUCUACAUAACAGUGGCCUAUCCUCCCGAUACUGACACACCAGGCUUUGCAGAAGAAAGUAAAACAAAGCCCUUAGAGACAAAGCUAAUUUCUGAAACCUCAUCUGUUUGCCAAGCGGAACAAGUCGCCAGAGUUAUAGUCAAAGACGCCAUACAAGGGAAUUUUAACAGCUGUGUUGGAUCGGAUGGUUACAUGCUAUCAAUAUUGACAAGUGGAAUGUCACCGGUUACUUCUAUUACCGAAGGCCUUCAGCAGGUUGUUUGCAUGGGCAUUUUUCGCUUCAUUGGCCUCUUCUACCUAGGAAGUUUUGACAGCAUAGUUCGACGCUGCAUGAUGCAAAGAGAAAAAUCUGAAAAUACAGAUAAGACUGAAUAAUCUUUAAUUGAAUUGGAAGAAGAAUGUCAAACAGUCCUGGACAGCUUGCUGCUCAAGUGGGACUCAGCUUCUCUGUUGAAGGAUUUAGACUGAAGGUACUUGGUUAUGUGAUAGAUGAGUCCCCUCAAAAGCAAUGAAAGAAAACUAAAGUUUAACUCCAGAAAAUGCCAAGCUAUGCAAAAGAGUGUUUGAGGAAUAGCGUGGUUUUUUUUUGUUUUUUUUUUUCCUUUGGUGAUUUGAGCUGGAGAGAAUUUGGGAACUUGUAAGUCAUCUGUAGGGUAGAACUUAAGGAUGGACCAUGUGUGGUAAUUCUGGACAAAUGCUUAAGUUUUCUCACUCUGGUGCUUAUGUGGAAAAAAUAAGUAUACCAUGACAGACCGGGCUGAAGUAGAUUAAAGUCCCCUGAACAAGUCAGUACCUCUUGCUAAUGUUUUGGGACUGUUUUUAAUUUAGAAUGUUAACUUUUCCUUUGAUGGCCAAUCUACAGAUCUUUCAGUCAAAGACCGCUUUCCUUAUUCUGUUCAACACGCAAUUGUGGAAACCAUAAGAUGACACUUCUUUGGUAUAAUCUAAGCUUUCUCAAUCCAAGAGUAAUUAGAAAGUAUGACUUAAUAUUUGCAUACUUUCUAAAGGGAGAUGAAGAACCCAUUUCUACAGAGAAAUGCUAGGAGGUAUUACUGGCCCUUGAAGUAUGCUGUGAACAACAAAAAAAACCCAAACAUUUUCAAGUGUGAUUAUGUCUUUCAACAUUUUAAAUCAAUGAAAAAGGAUUUGUCAAAGUUGUACACUUACCUGCCAGUGUUUGCUCUGGAAAGGGAAGUAGCUUCAUGCUACUGUUACGCACGUUAUUUUUCAAAGCUGCAAAUGAUGAGCCACACCAGUAGUUGAUGAAAGAAUCAGACACCGGGCUCUUAGGGUAGCAGGAAUGUAGCUUUUGGAAUAGGGGACAGGGAGGAGUCAGAACGGUAUUCCAUGUUUAAUUUUAUCGUUACACAGAGGAACUUCUAACAUGACAAGAAAUUAUUUAAAAUCCUCUCCUCUGCUCCUCUCCGAACUUGCUUGAUUUACAUUAUGUAUGAAUCAAGGCUGCUCCGUAACUGCUUCAGGAUACACAGAACGCAAUGUCUUUUUCUAAUAAAUUGCAAGUUUAACACCGGAAAAGCUUGAUGCAUAACAAUGAUGUUUUAAGGGUGCACUAUAUCCACUGUUUAUUUAAUGGACCACUAUAGCAAGUGCCUUGUGAGCUUUUUUCCCAAAAGCUGUGUAUUUUAUAUUUAUUAGCGCCACUGUGUUUUAACUGUCAAAUCUGCCAUUUUCAGUCAGUGCUCUGAAUCUAAAACUACUGUUAAGACCUGGAGUUUUCACUUCUUGAAAGUAGUAUUUAACAGCAAAGCAAGCAAAAUUGAUUGUUUUUAAGAUGUCCUGUACGCCUAUUUAAGAAGAGGUAUUCAGUUAAGCUGAGGUGAGAAAUAAUAGGUGGUUAACAGGGAAAAGUCUUUGAAAUGUAACUUGUUUAUUCUCUCUCUGAAUUCAGUUGAUCACUUCAAAAAAUUUUUGUUCGUGUAAGCUAAACUUGCUUUAAUGUCUGUUUUACAAACGUGUUUGGAGGAGUCGCACUGAUAUUCUCAUUCAAAGUGGUUAGAAUUUCAUUGGAUUGCAGAUGUCGAGGCGUUGCAGAAUUCUUCCUAAAGCCUAUGGUUUAGGUCCUGCCUCUUGAUUUUGUUUAGAUAUGUGAAGUUGUGCAUGCCAAUAUUAUAAAACUAAUUUUGAGAGUCGAUUAUAUUCCUACAUUUUUUAAUCGUCUGGGCUUUAGUGCAGAGAAAUCUAGUCUGCAUAUGUGUUUUCUGUGCUGCUUAAUGAGAAUGACACGUAAUGGAGCAUUUAUCAUGCAUCGUCAGUAUUGCCAUGUUUCUUAAAGCAACGUAACAGUGCUGUUUGGCCCCAGUUAUCUAUGUUAGUUGUUAUCUUGGUGCAAACAUCAAAUAUUCCUUUGACCAUCUGUGAAAAGAUACCAAAGUGAGUGAAUUGGUUAUGCAGUAGUUUGAAAGAUAUGCUUCUGUGAAUGACUUCACAGCAACACAAGCUUGAAGGUCAGGUCUUGAAACCUGUACAACUUCAGAUACUUGAAUUUUUUUUUAGAUCUCCAACUUGCGAUAUUUAAGAAAUAAUCCAGAAGAUCACAGUAUGCGUGCUCUGAUAACUGGGCCUCGUAAGAAUUAUUUCAGGUUGGGCAUCUUAGAUCACCAGCCACUUUUCUGAAAAUCUUGACUGAAGACUGUUCCAAAUAAUGACUGAUUGUAAUUCAGCGUGUUUGUGAAGGAGGAAUGCUGGGUGAAAGUUACGGCCCUGAUGUAAGGGUGCUUCAGCUCACACCUGAUUUUUUUGCAUAGUGCAAGCAGUUGUAUUGGGUGUAAAAUUCUAGCUUGCAUCCCGUCAGCAAUUCUGGAAACGUGAACCAGGUAAACUUUUAAAACAAAGAAGUAAAGAAUGAUCUCUCUGAAUGUUCCAGUUUCUGUUGUUGCACAUUAGCACAGUUCGUUUUAACCGAUAAACUUUUCAACUGUUUUAUUGUCAAAACAGAGUAUACUGUCAAAUGCAGCAGCCUUUAAUGUAAACUUUUUCUUAACCCCAUUCUAGGUCUACCAUCAUACUCAUUUUAGGGUCCAAUAUGAAGUGAAGGAGAUGCCUUGUAAUCUUGUGGAAUCAUGUUUGAGUAAAAAUAUAUAUAUAUUUUUUGCUACUUUAAAUGUUACAGAACCUGUGCAUCGAAGCAUUUUAGCAGUGUAUUAGAUCCGCGAGGAACUGCAAGUAGACGCAACUUCUUUUCUGUAAAACUGUCAGUGAGUCAAUCACUUGUGCCAUAUCAGUCUGUGUCUUGUCUCUUGUUUUCCUGGUCAGUCUUCAAGAUUCACUUUGGACUUUGAUAGUCUUCUCUAUGCCGUGUAGUUUCUAAUGAUUGUCUGUCUGCUUUAAACACAGAUUUAUUAUAACUGCACAUAGAGUUUACUUUACCAAGGUGUUCAUGUGCAAUUUAAAUAGAUUUAAUAUUUUACUAAGAGAAAAGAUAUAGGUAAACUUUAUUUGCUGUGAAAAACUUUAGGCACUUUUAAAUGGUGAAAAUACACAGUCCCAUUUGUAAAAAGAAACGUUGUGCUUAUUGCUUCAUCUCUUUUGUGUCAGAACUGUAAACUAGUUUUCAUAUUUUAUAUUUCUCAAAAUAAAUGGAGGAUCAACAAAA